AUGGAACAAAGAGGCGCGCGCGGACGGGCGAGACGCUGUUUGCUGGGAUUUGCGGCCGCGCUGCUUUUGUGCAGCGGGACUUCGGCGCAAUUGAGGUACUCCAUCUCCGAGGAGGUCGACGAAGGAACCGUGGUGGGAAAUGCCGCAAAGGACCUCGGAUUGGAUCGGAACGCGCUGAAGGAGCGCAGGUAUCGGAUCGUCUCGGGCAGUGCGGAGCCUCUUUUCCACGUGAGCCAGGCCGAUGGCGUCCUCUACGUCAGCAGGAAGAUCGACAGGGAAAAGGAGUGUCCGCAAAGCGCUGCGUGUCUGAUCAACCUAAAAACGGUGCUAGAAAACCCACUGGAGGUCCACUAUGUGGGAGUGGAAAUCUUGGACGUGAACGACCACUCCCCCACAUUUGCCGAGGAAGAAACGAAGAUGGACAUUCCUGAAUCGGUGCUGCCUGGGGCGAGAUUUCAGCUGAAAGCGUCUCAGGAUGGUGACAGUGGUCACUUUUCUGUUCAGCAAUAUAAACUCAGUGAAAAUAAUUAUUUUCGCUUAGAAGUUAAAGACAAAGGAAAAGAUGCCAAAAUUCCCGUACUGGUUGUUAAAAAAUCGUUAGAUAGGGAAGCAACAGAACACAUUUCAGUUGUGUUAACUGCAGUGGAUGGAGGAAAACCUCCAAAAACAGGUGCAAUGAAUAUUUCAAUAAAUGUGCUGGACAUCAACGAUAAUGCGCCGAUAUUCUCUGAAGAAAUCUAUUCUGUGAUGCUCCAGGAAAAUGCCGAAAUGGGAACGACUGUCGUUCAAGUGAGUGCAACUGAUUUAGAUGAAGGAUCAAAUGGAGAAGUAGUUUAUUCCUUCAGCAACAGUAUGAAUCAAAAUAUAAUGGAUUUAUUUCAUAUCACAGAAAAAACAGGAGAGAUUGUAGUGAAAGGCCCGAUAGACUACGAGGAGAACGACGUCUUUGAAAUUGAAGUUCAAGCGUCAGAUAAAGGUUCUGUUCCACUAACAACAGAAAAAAGUGUCAUCAUCAAGGUUGUUGAUGUGAAUGACAAUGCACCUGAGAUCGAAGUCACGUCAUUUUCCAGUUCCAUUCCGGAAGAUUCCAGACUAGGAACCACAGUUGCUCUCAUCAGUGUCAACGACUUGGAUUCUGGCCCGAACGGGAAAGUCAUUUGCUCCAUAAGCCAGGAUCUUCCUUUUGCCUUGUCGCCGUCAUUACAAGACAAAAUGUAUUCUUUAGUUACGAAAUCCCCUUUGGACCGGGAGAAAAGGUCCACGUACGACAUAUCGGUAGUUGCCAGAGACGCCGGACGACCCGCACUCUCGUCCGAGAAGACGAUAAGCGUUUACGUUUCAGAUGUCAACGACAACAGGCCCGAGUUUGCCUUCAGUCCUUACACUUUCUACGUCGCCGAGGGCAACAAAGCGGGCGCCUCCGUCUUUUCCAUCCAAGCUUCUGACCGCGACGAUGGCGAGAACGCUGCCAUCACAUACCGGAUUCUCAGAGAAGGGAGAGAAGAAAAUAAGCCGUCUUCGUUUCUGAGUAUAAAUAGCCAAAGCGGAGAAGUCACAGCGCUGAAAAGUUUUGACUUUGAGGCGCUGAAAAGCUUCCAGUUCCAGGUGUCGGCCACGGACGGCGGAAGUCCUCCGCUGAGCGGCAACGUGACGGUCAAGGUGUUCAUUCUGGAUCAGAACGACAACGCUCCGGUCAUCGUGUAUCCGCUCAGCUCCAACGGUUCCGCCCAAGGCGCGGAGGAGAUUCCCCGCAAUAGCAAAGCGGGAGACUUGGUGACCCGAGUCCGAGCCUACGACGCCGAUACGGGAUAUAACGGCUGGUUACUGUUUUCGCUGCACCCGCCUGGCGAGCGCGCUCUCUUUUCUUUGGACCGCUACACGGGCCAGAUCAGAACUCUUCGCUCCUUCACGGAGACGGACGGGGCCGAGCAUCGGCUGCUGGUACUGGUCAAAGACAACGGCGACGUUUCGCUGUCGGCGACGGCUACCGUCACCGUCAAACUGGCGGAGCCCAAAGAGGUUUUCGCCGCUUCCGACCACGUCCAAAGUGCGGCCGAAGCGGACCGCAGCGAGGACCGGCUGACUUUUUAUCUGGCGCUGACUUUGGGCUCGGUCUCGUUGCUUUUGGUGAUCAGCGUGGUGGUGCUGAUCGCCAUGCGCUGCUCCAAAUCCACAGAGUACACUUCCAAAUAUCUCCAAGACCCCCAUUAUGACGGCACGCUGUGUCACAGCAUCCAGUACCGAUCCGGGGACAAACGCUACAUGCUGGUCGGACCCAGGAUGAGUAUCGGUUCCACUGUCAUGUCGGGCAGCCGUGCCAACACGCUGCUCAUGUCUGACGCCACAAGCGCAGCAGGGGAGGUAAGACAAAUACUGAACAAAUUUCCGGCUCGUUCGUUAUGCCGAUUGCAUGUUGGAUUUGUGGCCCCGUUUUCCCUCCAAUUGAUCCGUUUUGUUCCCCCACCCACGCGGACUCGCAUUUGUACUCAUAAGCGGCGCAUAAUGUCUCGCUGCGGACGCGCGCCGCCGACGCAGCGUUUGCUGGUCGUCAUCUUUUGUUUGAAAUUCUCGUUUGUCUUCGCGAUGGCGCAGCUGCGCUACUCCAUUCCCGAGGAAGGAACCGACGACGCGCUCGUCGGGAACGUUGCGAAAGAUUUGGGGUUGGAUGUGAGCGGACUCAACGCGCGGGGAUUCCGCGUGGUUUCCGGGCCGGCGGAACCUUUGUUUGCGUUAACAAACAUGGGCACGUUGAGAGUGAAAAGGAAAAUCGACCGAGAGGAGGUCUGUGAGCGAGUCAGCCCGUGUCUCGUCAACAUUAAGAUCGUUGUGGAGAAUCCCUUGGAGGUGCAUUAUGUCGCCGUGGAGGUUUUGGACGUCAACGACCACUCUCCCACCUUCCCCGACAACAAGACGCGCUUGGAGAUUUCGGAGUCUGCCCUGCCCGGUGCGCGAUUUCAGCUGCAGAGCGCUCACGACCCGGACAGCGACACGUUUUCAGUUCACUCGUACAAACUCAGUCAAAAUGAGCAUUUUCGCCUGGAGGUGAAAGACCGAGGGGAGGACGGCAAAAUUCCCGUUUUGUAUUUGCAUAAAGCGCUGGACAAAGAAAGUGCUGGCAGUCACCAACUGCUGCUGACGGCGCUCGAUGGUGGGAAGCCUCCGAGGUCGGGAAGCUCGCAGAUUGUCAUUCGCGUUUUAGAUGUAAAUGACAACAUGCCCGUUUUCACCUCCGAGUCCUACUCUGCGGUGCUGAAGGAAAAUGCCCCAAUUGGCACAACCAUCUUGCGAGUGAACGCCACAGAUUUAGAUGAGGGUCUCAACGGCGAGGUGGUCUACUCGUUCGGUCAGAAUGUUCAUCACAAAUUGCGCAAAGUUUUCGACGUGGAUGCAAACACUGGAGAAAUUACAGUGAAAGGACCGAUAGAUUUUGAGGCAAAGGACAAGUAUGAAAUUGAUAUUAAAGCAUCUGAUAAAGGGACAGCGCCCCUGGAAACAGAGAAAAGUGUGAAAAUAACUAUUGUGGACUUAAAUGACAACACCCCUGAAAUUGAAGUGACGUCACUUUCGAGUGCUAUUGCAGAGGAUUGCAAACCCGGGACCACCGUAGCUUUGAUAAGUGUCAACGAUAAGGACUCAGAGAGCUUCGGUCCAAGUACGACGUGACCAUCGUAGCGAAGGAUGCCGGCGAACCGCCUUUGUCCUCUCGCAACACAAUCAGUGUGACGGUGACAGAUGUCAACGACAACAGUCCAGAGUUUUCAAGUAGUC